CGAUGGGAGGGUUGCCUUUCCGCGUGUACAUUGAUUGAUUGAUGCAGUCAGAAGGAUUGUCACCGAGUUCUUGCUCGUUCUCAAUGAAAGUCAGGCAUUAAAGUCACAGCAUCGCCGAUUUUGGUGGCGGAAGUGGCAAGUUUUUUUAUCGGCCUUCAUUGGUGAACCUUGUCGACCGAUGUCCUGGAGGGAAGAGAAAAGUUUCGUGCAGGUACGGUACAUUCACGAUUCAAGUUGGUUUGCAAUGCGCCGAGCCUCUUCACUCUUUAUUCUUAAGGCGAACACGAAAAGAAGGGUUUGAAACCUUCAUAAUUGAUAAUUCAUAAUGAUUCAGGCGCGUCUAAUUUACUGGAUUGGAGCCGUCGUCCCACUAUGCUGGGGACAAGAAACGGGAUGGAUUCUGGAUCAGGUAAAUACAACGAUGUGUUACUGGACAUCUCCUCGAGGUAUGUCUUCGCACAUGAAGUUUUAUUGCUUGGAACAUUUGCGUUGCAAUAGCAUCUGACAAUACUAGCUGCUGUGGUGCGAGAUACAUUUUAUCUUGAUGGAGGAGAACUAUGGUGGGAGCCUGGCUUGAGUGACGGGUCAUACGCUCCUCCUGUCAGCGAUGGUAAGUACCGAUGCUAAAAUCCCUAACUGUACUCAUUAUCUGCAAGGAAAUCCUCUUGGACUCGUAUAUCUUCUCAACUUUAACACUUCCUUUCAUAUAUCCGACAAUGUUAGUACUAUCUUUAGUACUAUAUCCAAGGCGCCGAAUGGGGGAUCUGCCAGCAAUCUGGGCCCAAAUUAUGUCGAUGGAGCAAUGUUUGCGAAUGACUAUGAAUGGUACACAUAUGGGGGAAUGUUGGUUAUGACAGCGGCCUUCUCCUCACCAGACGAAGAUUCCGCUAUAUCAUACGAAGUCUAUACGGAUGGUACUCCCGGCAAGCAAUUCUUCCAAAACUUUCAACAAAUUAAGCUACCAACAAACUUAACAAGAUAUGUUACCUAUGGAGGAGCCGUAAGUAUCCCAUCUGAAAAUCUAGGAUACUACUUUUCAGGAUACAGAGCUGCGGACUUUGGGGAUAUUUAUAAUGAUCCGGGCAUAAAAAAUGCAUCCUACCUAGCAAACGUGACAUCCCAAACUUUGAUCAGUGUUGAUAUGACGAUUCAAACCUUGUCAAAGUGGUCUAACGAAUCUCUACCAUCAAGUGUUCCAGGCCGUGCUAAUCCUGAAAUUGCCUGGAUUCCAGUUUCGGAGCAGGGAAUACUAGUUGCAGUUGGUGGAGUCAUUGAUCCUACCUAUGCUAGUAUUAGCCAGGCAAACAAUGCAUCUGUUAAUGCCCAAAGUGUGAGUUGUUAGUUCACCACCCUAGAAGAUAGCUAUUGAUUGUCAAUAGAGCCGAAUCAGUCCAGGUUUCAUGACGACGGUUUCCAUCUACGACAUUUCCAAGAAAGUUUGGUAUGAACAAGAAACAUCUGGAAGUUCUCCUGGUGCUUUAACCCAAGGAUGUACUGUGGUUGCCUCUGCCGAAGAUGGUUCAAGUCAUAAUAUAUAUUGGUAUGGAGGUUACGAUGGCAUUCAUAUUACCCAGCCUUUCUCGGAUGAUGUAUAUGUUCUCUCGAUACCCUCGUUCAUAUGGACAAAGGUUUACACUGGGAACAGUACUCAUGGUCGGGCUGGACAUAAAUGUGCUAAGCCAUACCCAGAUCAAAUGGUUGUUGUAGGUGGAUACGCUUCGCUAAGUGGCAACAUACCUACAUGCCUUGAAGGUGGUAUGAUCCAAAUAUUCAAUCUGAGUGAUCCCCAAUGGCUGAAUUCCUAUGAUCCUCUAGUUUGGAGCAAUUAUACUGUACCCAGCCAGGUUACUUCUGUUAUUGGAGGUUCUGGGACUGGUAGCGCUACACAAACCACACCUUCUGGUGGAUUCGCAAAUUCAAGCAUGACAGAACUUCUAGGGACUUCCUACAACACAACCAAGAUCACUAAUUGGUAUCCAUACACACCAGCUUCAUCCACUCCUACAAACAACCGAACAACGCUGCUUCCUUCACCAGUUGCCACUAAAUCAGGAACGCCUGCAUAUCUUGGACCUGUUCUAGGUGUAGUUCUGGGUCUUUUCUUUAUAACACUUCUCAUCUUAGCCUUCAUAAUAUAUCGCCGUCGCAAGAUUUUUGGACUUUCAAGAUCGGAACGACAAAGCGAAGUUGGAACUAUGACUGAAAAUCGUCGACGGACUCUCCGCUGGCUUUAUGCUACACCUAGGGAUGCAAAAGCUCCUACAGUCACGACAGAUGAAACAGAACUGAAUGCGGUAUCUUCAGAAGCUGAUACUGAUUACACUCGUGUAUUUGCCGAGAUGCCUGGUGAUACUCAGUUUCACGAAAUGGAUGGUAUUUAUUUCCUUGCCUCUUAAUCUUCAGACCAAAUCUCUGACGUACCUCACUUAGAUACAUCCCGCCCCUCGGAACUUCACAACACAGGCUUUGUAUUUACUUCUCCCAAGUCCAAUGUCUGGAACAAUAUUUCCAGCAUACAAACACCUAUCACCCAUUCCCCAUCCGCCAGCUCCAAUCGCUCUCACGCCAGUACCGUGUCCCGAACCUCGGGUCCAAGACCAUCUCCCAUCUCUCCCGCGCGUGCAGAUAGUUUAACAUUUAAUGAACAAGCGGGAGGUAUGGCGACAGACCGGGUCCAUAGUGAUCUAAGUAGUGUCGCGGAAAGUGAUAGGGGUCAUUUGAGACAAAUUAGUGAUACAAGCGUCAGUGUAGAUGGAGAUUAUGGAAAUCCCCCAAUGUUAGAUGUGCAGAUUGAGGGACCGAAUGAUGAUGAGCAUACAUUUGAUGAUGAGUUUGGGAGACCUGGGGUAGUUAGUCCAUUGACGCCACCGCAGGGAGUGGGGGAGGGUAGACACCAUUAUUUUGGUCCAGAUAGUGUCGGAGUUGGUAGUAUGCAUAAUGCACAGCCGGUUGAUACGAGGAGAAAAAGUAAUUUUGAGGAAAAGCUGGAUGAUGAAUAAGAUGGAGAGGAGAUUGUAAGUACAUACGUAUUGUUAUGUUAAUCUUUCUGAGAGGAAGGAAAUGUUAUGAAUUAUGACGGUAUAUGAAUUGGAUUGAAUGAAGUACGAGAUAGCAGGGCGUCAUUGAAGGCCAUUGUUUCCAGUCGUUACAGUUAUACCAUCUCAUCACUUCAUGUAUACACGUUCGUACCUAGGUAUCAAGAUACAAUAUCUUGGUUUUAGUCUUUGAUGUCUCUAAUUCUCUUUCUAUUCAUCUCAUUUCAUCCCAUUUCAUCUGAUUUAAAGAACAUGUGAUGUAACCUUAAGUUCCAUCAAAUUCACCUUCAAUCUAGUAGAUUGAUUCAAGAAUCUAAUCAGUCCUUCUCCUAUGCACAA